AUGGGCAGAUUCGACAUGGUCCAGAAUAAGAAACUGGGCAUGUUUGAUUUUGCUCGCAACAUUGACUUUAUUAGCGUAAUGUUAGAUCUCGUUGUGUUUGAUUGUCACGACUUUUUGCCCGAGUUUUACGAUUGGGUUCACAAGAACUGCACCAAUGGUUGUGUGAAACCAAUCAAUCAAAAUGUGUUUCCGGCUGCCGAAGCGGAAAAGGCGUUCCGUUAUAUGACAACCGGUAAACACACGGGAAAGAUAGUCAUCAAAACCAGAGACGAGGAGACAAAUAGAGGGCUUUUGAAAACAGUAAAACCUGUGCCCGAAAUGUUGGUCAGCGUUAAGACAUUCUUUGAUUCAAACAAAGUCUAUAUAAUAACUGGAGGUUUGGGUGGUUUUGGUCUGGAAUUGAUUCCAUGGAUGCAAUACUUCGGCGCCCGAAAGUUUGUGGUCACCUCUCGAUCCGGUCUUAAGACUGAUUAUCAGAAAUUCAUUUACAAUCGCAUUCAUAGCGUAUAUCAAGAAUUCAAGUUCUUUGAGAGCGAAUGGUUUGUCUCGACUGCCAAUGGAUUCACAAUUGAAGGCACAAAACAACUCAUUAGCGAAGCCUUAAAGUUGGGACCCAUUGGAGGGGUAUUUCAUUUGGCGCUUGAAUUGAAUGAUUGUUUGAUAGAAAAGUUAACGUUUUAUCAGAAAUUCAUUUACAAUCGCAUUCAUAGCGUAUAUCAAGAAUUCAAGUUCUUUGAGAGCGAAUGGUUUGUCUCGACUGCCAAUGGAUUCACAAUUGAAGGCACAAAACAACUCAUUAGCGAAGCCUUAAAGUUUGGACCCAUUGGAGGGGUAUUUCAUUUGGCGCUUGAGUUGAAUGAUUGUUUGAUAGAAAAGUUAACGUUUGAAAAGUUUUGUUCAUCUAUUGAUACGAAACACAAAAUCUUCACAAAUCUGGAUCAACUGACCCGACAAUUGGAUUAUAAAUUGGAUUAUUUUGUUGUCUUUUCAUCCCUGGCUUGUGGUAAAGGAAACGCCGGGCAAUCGAACUAUUCAUUUGGUAACUCUAUUUGCGAGCGUAUAUGUGAAGAGAGACGUAGGGAUGGUCUGCACGGACUCGCCAUACAAUACGGACCCAUCGGUGAUGUCGGAGUGUUUGAAGGGACAGAUCAGUUGUUAUUGUUUUCAACACUGAGGAAACAGCGAAUCAACUCGUGUUGCGAUGUUUUGGACAAAUUGUUGGCAAUUAAACAACCGAUUGUCACUUCAUAUGUUAAAGUGGACCAAACAAAGGAAGAAAGUAGUACUCGAGGAAAACGUUUGAUCCGAGAGCUGUGGCGAGCGCUGGGUAUCGACCCGGAGAUCACACCCAACCACUUGACUCUCGGCGAGAUUGGCAUCGAAUCCAUGUUUGCCGUUGAGUUGCAGCAGGAGUUGGAGAGGGACUGGAAUACAAAGGUAUCGCUAAAUCAGGUGAAGACGAUAACCAUUGGUAUGUUGAAGGACUACGAGGCGGGUGUUGUGGGGGAAAUGAAGAAGCACAUGGCCGAUAUCAAAAGGGCCAGAGUCGCUAUCCUAAAGCUGAAUUUUGUGAUGCCCACCAAAACCCAUACCCCACUAAACACUGUGACAAAGGGUACGCCCGUAUACUUUAUGCCACCCAUUUUGGUGUCAUUCACGGCGAUGGAAGAGUUGGCCCAAAAGAUUAACCGCCCCGUAAUCGGCCUGAAUUGGACCCGUGAGGUGAGCGCACUGACCACUAUGAAAGAGGUGACCGCUUAUUACGUGAAGCUACUGAAAACGCUUGAGCCGAAAGGCAAGUGCGAUGUAUUGGGCUAUUUCGACGGCGCCAUCAUUUGCUUCAAGUAUCUGCUGAAGGGAAUGGUUGGGCGGGCGGUCAUCAUCGACGUGAUCGACGACUCCCACUUCCGGGACGAGUAUAUGACCGACGAGUAUAUUCUCGAAUAUUUGCUGUCAUUCCUGUCGUCAGAGUUGCCCGAUUCGUUUAAACAGAAAAUACUGCGCGACCUUAAAAAGGAGCAGGGUAUGAGUGGCAAAGUUAAAUAUAUAGUCAACGAGUUGGGCGACUUCGCCGGUAAAGGUCUGGUGGGAACUGAUAUGCAGGAAAUCUUUGAAGUGAUGAUAAACAGGAUUCAUAUGCUUUCCAAAUAUCGAAUGGAAAAGAAGAAGAAGUUGUCCAACAAAUGGAAGACAACGAUCGGCAAGAAGUGGUCCAAAAAGACGGGUAAACUCGUUAUCAUUAAGCCGUUUAAGUUUGAAUUGUGCGAAGACGUCGACGAGACUAUGGAGAAGGCACGCAACGCUUAUUUCCUACCUGGUGCAAAUGAUGGCAAUGACAAUAUCACUAUAGAGGCUGUCGACAACCACACCAACUCAAUUGACAUAGCUCACACCAUAAUUGCUGAGAAAAUCUUGGAAGAAUUUAAAUAA